AUGGAAGAAUUUGAAUCCUCACCCAUAAGCUCAGGAUCACCAUACUCAAGUUCCACACACACAGAAGCCUUAACCGAAUUCUCUAUCUUCAUCGACAAACUCGACCCGAUUAUGAGUCAAAUGACAGACAUAACCGACUCGCCAGCCGUACAAAAAGCCAUCGACUCAUUACAAGCCGAUUAUAUCCGCGCGAAAGCCUUAGUCAACAGUCAAAGCUCCCAGUCUCCCCCAACCAAACACAUAGAGCACCUCGUGCAGAACCUCGGACGUUCAUUGGGCCUCGUUUUUUUCGCUGGCCGGGAGGUGCCGUUGAAAAACAGGGAAAAAAUCGAGGCAUUGUGUAAAGAGAUGAUGAACGUGAGGUUCGAGUUUGACGAGAUAGAAUACGAAACAGAGGAAAAAACACAAGUGUUAACAACGGUAAUAUCGCAAGUGAAGGGUGGUGAUGGGGAAGCUUUCAAGAAUGCAGUUUUAAGAUUGAGUGAAUUUGUGUUGGAUGCAACUGUUUCUGAUCAAACACUCGUCCAUGAAGACGUCAUUAGGAUCUUAACGAGCCGAUUGGGUUCGUGCAGAGGAGGACAAGAGAGAGUUAUUAUUGUCAAAACACUAAGAUAUCUCCUUCUUCAGGACAAUGGCCACAAGGAAAAUAUGAAGGAUUUGGAAUUUUUAUCGACAUUGGUUAAGUUGCUGACGAGGGAUGUGGAGGAAAGAAGAGAGGCCGUCGGGCUUUUGUUGAGCCUAUCAGAUGAAAAUGGAGUUAUGAGACAAAUAGGCAGAAUAAAGGGUUGUAUUUUGAUGUUAGUUGCCAUUGCUAAUGGAGAUGAUGAAGAAGCUUCUCGUGAUGCUAAAAUGCUUCUGCGUAAUAUGUCCGGCAACACUCAACAUGCUCUUCAUAUGGCUGAGGCUGCUUAUUUCAAACCUCUAAUCAACUACCUAAAAGAAGGCGCGAUUGAGCCACUCGUGCAAAUGUUCCAAAGGGGCAGCCUUGAGGCCAAGCUCUCGGCCCUAAACGCACUUCAAAGCCUGUCGGAUUCGAGCCACAACACAAAACACCUCAUCGACUCGAACAUACUCGUUCCCCUCUUACAGCUCCUAUUUUCAGUCACUUCUGUCCAAAUGACCUUAAGGGAACCGGCAUCUGCGAUUCUUGCAAAAAUAGCCAAAUCAGAAAGCAUACUCGUGAAUAAAAUUGAUGUGGCUCACCAGAUGCUGUCACUCUUGAACGUGUCCACACCGGCCAUACAACAAAAUCUUCUCGAAGCAUUGUACAACAUUGUUUCGCAUUCGGGAGCUGUCAAAGUUAGGAGAAAAAUGAAAGAAAAUGGUGCGAUUAAGCUUCUAUUACAGUUUUUCAAAGAGAGAGACGUUCGGAUUAGGACAGGCGCACUAAAGUUGGUCCACGUGCUGUCCAAGGAUAUAUUAAUACAAGAGUUAGAUUAUGCAAAUGUGAGUGUUGUCGCCAAUAUUGCCUCGACUUCAGGGUCCGAAAUCGAAAUGGCGGAAGCACUCGGCAUACUUUCGAAUUUGCCGAUGAGUGAUAAAAAAGUGACGGAAAUACUUAAAAAGGAAAAGCUAGUGCCGUUAAUGGUAUCUAAAAUGAGUUCAAUCCAAAUAAACUCAACACUCACGAGCACGACUGUGUGCUUGGCCGAAAGUAUAGCCGGUCUAAUGCUUCGGUUUACAGACCCUAAUGACAAAAGUUUACAGCAUUUUGUAGCAGAGAAUGGCAUAAUUGAUGUUCUAAUCAAGUCUCUGUCGUGCAGUUCAGAAAGCAUUAUUAUAUCAAAGGUCGCUUUGUGUUUGGCUCAAAUGUCAAGAAACACAUUGCAUCUGAGCAAUUCGCGUAAGGCAAAGUGGUUUUGCAUGCAGCCCACAAUGGAUGCUUCGUGUGAAGUUCAUAAAGGUUUUUGUUCGGUUAAGGGUACGUUUUGUUUGGUGAAGGCCCAAGCUGUGGGCCCGUUGGUCGGUAUUCUCGUAGGCAGUGAGAGGGGAGCUGACGAGGCGGUGCUGAGCUGUCUGUCGACUCUUUUGGUGGACGAGAUUUGGGAGAGUGGGUCUAGAUUUCUUGAGAAAAUGUCAGGAGUUUGCGCGGUUAUUAAGGUUUUGAGGUGCGGGAGCUUCAAGGCUCGAGAGAGAGCGUUGUGGAUAUUGGAGAGAGUGUUUAGAGUUGAGGAUUAUAGGAUAGAGUAUGGAAAGUGUGCACAGGUUGUGCUUAUUGAUCUUGCACAGAACGGAGAUGCCAUGCUGGCGCCGGCAGUGGCUAAAGUGUUGGCACAGCUUGAGCUGUUGCAAGAACAGAGUACUUAUUUCUGA